GAAGGAACUAAUAAAUACAGAGAGAACUGAAGUGAGGUGAGAAAACUAAAGCAAAAGGACUUUGCACCUCAUUGCCUGCCGGCACUACUGCAGUUCACUUUUGGACGCUUCUGGAUGCUGUUUUUAUUUACUCUGUCUGUCACUCGAGACUCGUGGGUUGGACGUGGUUAGUUUGAUUUGCCUGACAUAUUACAUCAUCAAGGGCAAAACGUCAGGGUAUUUUCCAAGAGGAUCUGUUUUCUUUUCAAUUUCACAGUGAAGUAGUGUGUGUGCAGCAUUAGGCAUGUAAUGGAUCCUCCACUUGUCUUUGAAGCAGUGGGAACUUCUUGUUUGAAGGGAACAUGAGGUAGUAGCUUUUGUGAAACCAAGUUUAAACAAAACAUGCUUCUGAUAUUACUAAUUUAAAGUGAAGCUCUUGCUCUGGAGUUAUUAGAACUUGCGGGGGGUGGUAGACAAAAUUUCCAAUGAUGUAUUGUUUUGAAUGCAGCUUAUUUGCCAGACGUUUGCAUGUUAGCUGAAGUAUUUUAAGUCCUGCAAGUCAUCAUUACUGUUAUCUGAUCAUCUGGAGGCUAAGUCAAAGCUUCAGAAAAAUCAAUCUGACUGGCAGGGGAUCCUCUGAUAAAACCACUAAGGUAAACGCUCGGCUAUCUUAAUUUGACACAGCCAUUGUCUCAUUGGGAAUGCAUGCAGCAGCAUGCUGGUUUAUUAAUGAGUUAACAGGACUUGUUUAGGGGUUUUAUGUGAGCUGACAAACCUUUGGGUUAAGCACCAAGACCAGGGAAGCCGGUUGUAAGUAGAGUGGAAAGUUAGUGAGCAAACGCGCUUACAGGCGUAUCAUUGUGACUGGACAUCUUUCAGCAGGACUGAAAGCUUGUCCAAGACCAUUUGAGAGUCAGUCAAUCACUGACGUGUGGAUGUGAACAAGUAUUUCUGUGUGCAACUGCCAGCAAUGAGCCAGCACUAAGGUUGUGCGAAGGAUGAAAAGCUAUCUAUUUGCUUGUGUCUGUAUAUGUCAAGGCUAAUUUGGUUCAGCCUAGGAAUGGACUGAAUGUCGCUCUGAGACAACGGAAAAGAGACAGCGGAAAAAUCAGGAAUCUCCCAAAGCCAACAGACAUUUCAAGGUGCUUUCCAGCAUCACCAUCAGGUAGCAUCGCCUCCACAAAACUACUGCGUUUGUUUGACGUCAAUCCCUCUUGGCUUCUUUAAAAGUAAAUCUAGGACAGUUUGGAUGCAGAUUUGGCACCAUGAGGUUGUUGUUCUUGGCACUGUUGCCCCUUUUCAUGGUGGCUGGAACAGAUGGUAUGUCCACCUGUAAGACCCUGGACCUGGAGGUGGUGAAGAAGAAGAGGAUAGAGGCCAUUCGUGGUCAGAUCCUCAGCAAACUCCGCAUGGCCAAAGAACCAAUUCAGGCUGAGACAGAAAAUGAAGGACAGAAGAUCCCAGAUGACCUACUCUCACUGUACAACAGCACGGUGGAACUGAGUGAGGAAAUUAAGAUGAAGCCUGUCCCCGUGCAGCCAGAAGAUGAUGACUACUUUGGCAAGGAGGUGCACAAGUUCAUCAUAAAGCAAGCCGAAAAUGGUACGAAAUAUCAGAUGCUUUUUAACGUGUCUGAAAUGCGACAGAGCAUUCCUGACUACAGGCUGCUGUCGCAGGCUGAGCUGAGGCUUCGGAUCAAGACUCCCACCAUGGACCAGGAGCAGAGGGUCGAGCUGUACCAUGGAGUGGGUGACCAGACCCGAUAUCUGAGCACACGAUUCGUCUCAAAGGACUUGGCCAAUCGCUGGCUCUCGUUUGAUGUGAAGCAUACAAUCACAGAAUGGCUGCAAAGUUCAGAAGAUGAAGUGAGUUUAGAGUUGAGGUUAUACUGUGGCUGUAAAACCGGCAAAGACCAGCAGAGUGCUGAUAAGUUCCUAUUCACCAUUUCAGGACUAGAAAAGCAAAGAGGUGACACUCAAAAUAUUGCAGGAAUGAUGGUGAAACCAUAUAUCUUGGCUUUAUCUUUGCCCUCUAAUGGCAACUCUCUUGCGUCCGCUCGCAGGAAACGAGCCACUGGCACUGAAGAAACCUGCAAUGAAAAAACUGAAACCUGUUGUAUGCGGAAACUUUAUAUCGACUUCCGGAAAGACUUGGGCUGGAAGUGGAUCCACAAGCCCAAGGGCUACUUUGCCAACUACUGCAUGGGCUCCUGCACCUACAUCUGGAACACAGAGAACAAAUACUCACAGAUAUUAGCCUUGUACAAACACCACAACCCUGGUGCGUCUGCCCAGCCUUGCUGUGUACCUGCAGUCUUAGACCCUCUGCCAAUUCUUUACUAUGUAGGAAGACAACAUAAGGUGGAGCAGUUGUCCAACAUGGUGGUGAAAAGCUGCCAGUGCAGUUAGAGUUCAUGUAGAACCACAGAACAUCCGUUCAUCUCCAAGAGCUCACAUGACUCUCUUUCUAUCUCUGGACGGUAAACAAGCAAAAGCAUGGACCCACAAAGAGAUGGACUUAUAAAGUCUCUGUGGCCAAGGACAUGAGGAGAUGAGAGAACUGAAAAACAGCGAGGAUGGAAAGUUCGCAAAAGUGAAGAAAACAAAUGAAUCUGCAGACUUUAGGUUUCUUUCUAGGGUCUACCCCACCACAGCGGCACAAGAACACUGACAUCACAUGCAACAUUUCACCAAACAAGCUCAAUAUUAAACCAAAUAUAUGCUUUGUAAUCUUUCUAGAUGUUUAUUUACACUAUUCAAACCCUAAUUUAUUUUACUGGUUAGGUUAAUGAUUUGAUUGUACAAUAGAGGCAGCCGUGUAGCCGUGCAUGUCAUAUGUACAAUGAAGAUUUCUUAUGGUGCUGUAUAAGGAAAUGAUGUCACAGGAGUAUACAUCUAUGUGUAGAUCAAAAGUAAACAACACACUUAAAGAGAGGAGCACGGUCUGCACUCAACGAUUGAGAGGAAGACUAAAGACUGAAGGUCCCAGGAGUUCAUGACAAUGGUUUGAUGUUUUUUAAUGUGCAGUUAUUGGUGCAGACAGCUUCCUCCAUUAAAGGAUCUUACCUGAACAGGUGCGUGUAAGAGACUCUGGCUGUAAAACAUGUUGAUGUCUCAUCACUUAGAAGUGGAAGGAAUUUGAGAAACACUAAAACUAUAGUAUUGGAACACAUCUUUAUGACAGCGAUGGACCAUGGAGGCCACUUUCUAAAGUGGUCAUGUGCCCCCUAAAUAUUGCACACUAUCAAGUGUCAAUGGAGCACGCCUUUCGAAAUCCCUUCAAUAGAGUCAGUCCGUUAUUACAUCAUCAAGUGAUUCAGUAAAGGUGUAUGUUGGUCAAUCGAACCAAAAUUUAAAACAAAUAAAUAAAUGAAUAAAUUAUAUUUUGCUUAAAUAAUUAAGGUUUUGUGACAUUAUUUGCAUGGCAAUUAAUGACAUUUUCUCCACAAAUUAUUAUUUCUGUACUGCAAACACUUUUUUUUUUAACUUUAUUUAAACACAUUAUUCCUAAUAGUGAUUUUUUGGAGAUUCUCAUUACUGUAAUUCAGUAAAAUCAACUUUUUUAUUGUAUUACAGUAAACAGAAUUAUUGCAAUAUACUGCUAAUAAUCAAUUUACUGAAUACUUGAAAACAAUUACUUGCCAAUGGGGUAAGAAAACUGUACUUGAUUUCCUUUGAAUUCAGUUUUUUUCUAAUUGCAUCGACCAAUAUACUGUAUAUAUAUAUAUAAACACACUGGCAGCCAUAAGUUUGGAAUAAUGUACAGAUUUUGCUCUUAUGGAAAAAAAUUGGUACUUUUAUUCACCAAAGUGUCAUUCAACUGAUCACAAUGUAUAGUCAGAACAUUAAUUAUGUGAAAAAUUACUAUUACAAUUUGAAAACAAUGUUCAGAACUUGAGAAAUUGAAAUACUUAAAAUACUUCAAAGAGUUCUCAUCAAAAAAUCCUCACGUGCAGCAAUGACAGCUUUGCAGAUCCUUCAUAUUCCAGCUGAGGACAUGUGAGGUGUCUAUUUCUCAAACUAGAGACUCUGAUGUACUUAUCCUCUUGUUUAGUUGUACAUCUGGUCUUCCACAUCUCUUUCUGUUCUUGUUAGAGCCAGUUGUAUUUUGUCUUUGAAGACUGUAGUGUACACCUUUGUAUGAAAUCUUCAGUUUUUGGGCAAUAUCAAGCAUUGUAUAGUCUUCAUUCCUCAAAUCAAUGAUUGACUGAUGAGUUUCUUUUUUGCAAUUUUUGACCUGAUGUUGACCUUAAGACAUGCCAGUCUAUUGCAUAAUGUAGCAACUCAAAAACAAACACAAAGACAAUGUUAAGCUUCAUUUAACAAACCAAAUAUCUUUCAGCUGUGUUUGAUAUAAUGGCAAGUGAUUUUCUAGCACCAAAUGAUCAAUUUAGCAUGAUAACGCAAGGAUAAGGUGUUGGAGUGAUGCUGCUGUCUAGAUUUGAUCUAAAAUGACAUUUUUCAAAUAAUGAUGCUGCUGUCUAGAUUUGAUCUAAAAUGACUUCUUCAAAUAGUGAUGGUGCUGUUAACAUCAGUAAUGUCCUGACUAUACUUUGUGAUCAGUUGAAUGCCACUUUGGUGAAUUAAAGUACUAAUUUCCUUCUGAAACAGCAAAAUCUGUACAUUAUUCCAAACCUUUGGCCGCCAGUGUGAUUGUGUGUGUAUAUAUAUGUUAUAGUACAGUAUAUACAGUAUAUAUGUUAUCAGAAUAAAGGUUAUCCUAUUUAUCUGAAAACAUGACAAAAUAUGUAAUGAGAUCUUGCUUCUAAAGUAAAUUUUCCUUGUUUUAAGAAGGUUUAGAUAUUUUUACUGCAUUGAAAACAGGACAAAAUACUCAGUAAAAAGUUCAGUUUAAUUUACAUCAGCAUAAAUGAAAGAUGGUAUGAAAAAUACUACAAUGAUAUUUAAAUAAUUAAAACAAAUCUUUUUUUUUCUUUUUUUUUUUUUUGAGAAUUUGAGGUGAAAAUGGCCUUUAAUUGACAAGCAAAUAUUAUCAUUAUAUAAAAAAAAAUGUUUAUGAUUUUUGUUGAAAUAUGACUGAACAUGUUCUUGACAGGUUUUGUGAGUCACCCAUGUAUAUGCAUGUGUGUACCUUUCUAAUUGAUUAAGUGUGGAAUUUGUGUUAGUAAAGAAAAUUGUGUGUGUGCGUGUGUGUGAGAGUGUGUGUGUGAGAGUGUGUGUGUGUGCGAGAGUGUGUGUGUGUGCGUGAGUGUGUGUGUGUGUGAGAGUGUGUGCGUGAGUGUGUGUGUGUGCGUGAGUGUGUGUGUGUGUGAGAGUGUGCGUGAGUGUGUGUGUGAGAGUGUGUGUGUAUGCGUGAGUGUGCGUGUGUGAGAGUGUGUGUGCGUGAGUGUGUGUGUGUGCGUGUGUGUGUGUGUGAGAGUGUGUGUGUGUGUGUGCGUGUGUGCGUGAGUGUGUGUGUGUGUGUGUGUGUGUGUGUGUGAGAGUGUGCGUGUGCGUGUGCGUGAGUGUGUGUGUGAGAGUGUGUGUGCGUGAGUGUGUGUGUGUGUGAGAGUGUGCUUGUGUUUGUGUGAGAGAGAGAGAGAGAAUUGUUUCCACUGGUUUCUCAGCUCUGUUGGCUUUGUGUUGACAUCUGUUUAAGGAGCAUUAGCGUGGACAUUAAUAUACUUUAUGUUUUUUUGAGUAAUGCGAAUUGUGUUCUGUGUGUUAAAGGCAUCACGGCCGAGGCUACACAUUUCACUUGCAAAUGCAAUGUUACCUAGCGCUGAAAUAGAUAGGCUAUUUACAAAAUCCUUUGUAUGUACAUGCUGUCAAGUUUGUAAUAUUUUAACCAGUUUAUAAAUGUAAUUUAUGCGUUUUAAAUGUGAUUUUAUGUCUGUUUCAUCAGUUCAUUGAUGCAGGUGUCUCUUGUCCAACAUUUCACAUACACACAGUUUUCAGUUACAUAAUAUCAUGUUUUUCUUAUUGUUUGCACUUAUAUUGAUUGCAUCCCAUUCAUAGUUUCAAUAAA